UCUGUGCGCCACCCAAAAGAUAAAAGUCGAAAACCUGAUGGGGCAAUAUUCACUAAAACUAAAAAUGCCCCUCUUGACAUGAGAGCUCUCAUUGGACCAGCACUUCCUGUAACUCGGGCUUGUGCAGAAAAAGUCAUUGAUGCACUUGCUGCAUACAUACCAAUUGAAAUGAUUCAUUCUCGAGGUAUACUUACCUAUUCCAGGGCCAGAUUGUGAAUUCUUUCGCCUCCAUGCUCACGCAGUUGCCUUUUGCAUGUUUCCCGCACAAUUUGAGGCAUCAACUUGGCUUGUGCCUGGUUAUGGGCUCAGCGGCGGUGCGCUGCCUCACAUUUCGAUAGGGCUACUUUAACAAAUCACAUUUUGCAGGCUUGUGAUUUCAAAUCUCUAGUUCAAAGACUUUUCGUGCCCUGAGACCGACAAGAAUUUUUUUUAUACAACAACGAAAAUUCGAAAAUGCUGCUUUCACAAGACGUAGGGCUGUCGAACGGGGGGGAUAUGAGCAAUCAGGCAGACAUUCGCCCAAAUGGGGUUGCCAGCAUCGAUGGCUCAGCCAUUGAGUCAUCCAUUGAGUCCAUACCAGCGCAUCCUCUUGGAGUCAAGCCACUCGGCAAUCAGUAUUUUGCACCUGGCCCGUUGGCUCGUCAUGCUAUUGGCUUCUGGAGAGGUCUUCCCGAUGAGUUGAUCAUACAGCUUCUGGAGUAUCUUGACCAAGAGUCACUCAAGAAUCUCGGCUCCACCUGUCGGUUUUUAUAUGCUUCUUGCCAGCUGGAUGAACUGUGGAAGCCUUUGUUUCUCGAGUCCGUACAAGGCUCAAACCUUCCCCCGUGGAGAGACACGUGGAGAAACACACUUCUCCAGCUCCCAAAGAGCGCUGUGACGAGAAUAGACUGCAGCAAUGUAUUCUCAGACGUGCUACACAGACCGUUUGCUUGUUCCAAUAUAGUCCUCAAGAAUCACGUUUCCGGCAUUCCUCGCGCAAACCAGAUCGCUCGGCUCAGUAGUCUCUCGCGUGAGGAAUUUGCGGACCAGUGGAGUGGGAAGCCUUUCAUUUUGACAGAUUAUAUCACGUCAUGGCCAGUCUACAAGGACUGGACUAUUGAAAAGCUCAAAAAGGCUUACUCGACUGUCGAGUUUAGAGCCGAAGCCGUUGACUGGCCCUUUUCGGCCUAUAACACGUACAUGUGCAACAAUCAUGAUGAAAGCCCGCUGUACCUCUUUGACCGCAAGUUCGCCGAGAAAAUGAACAUCAAAGUCGGCCGUGACGACGAUUGCGCUUAUUGGGCCCCCGAAUGCUUCGGUGAAGACGUCUUUCAACUGCUAGGACAAGAGAGACCUGCGCAUCGAUGGUUAAUAAUUGGACCAGAGCGAAGUGGUUCUACUUUCCACAAAGACCCGAACGGCACCGGUGCCUGGAAUGGGGUCAUACAGGGAUCGAAAUACUGGCUUAUGUUCCCACCGAGUGUUCCCCAGCCUCCUGGUGUCUUCGUAUCCGCAGAUAGUAGCGAGGUCACCAGCCCUUUGAGCAUCGCGGAAUAUCUUCUCACAUUCCACGCAGAAGCGCGAGAGGAGGCGGGUUGCCUGGAGGGCAUUUGCGGAGCUGGAGAACUACUAUAUGUGCCCAGCGGAUGGUGGCACUUAGUGGUCAAUCUUGAGGCAGGUAUCGCAUUGACUCAGAACUUCGUUACCAACUCCAAGAAGCAUCUGGCCCAUGUUCUCUCGUUCUUGAAGGACAAGCCAGAUCAGGUUACUGGAUUUGGCAGGGAGAUUGAGAGCCCCUAUGAGCUGUUUAUCGACAGACUCCGGGAGAAGGAACCGCAGCUGCUGGAAGAGGCGCUACAAGAGAUGGAGCGGAAGGCUGGGGGGAAAAAGCGACGGUGGGAAGAAGCCGUUGGCGCGAAAGAAGAGAGUCAAGACGGAGGCGGCGGCUUCAGCUUCGGUUUUGGUGGCGACGACCUGGAAGAUGAGGAAAUCCCUUGAGGCAUCAAAACGACUCCCAUGUCAACUGGGCCUGAAAUUGCGAGAUCAAGUCAAUAGAUGAAUACUAGACAAAUGAAGAAUAACGUUGGCGUUGUUUGCGCAUUUCUAGUAUGCUAGUACCGCAUGAUGGGACAAUGUGGAGCGGCCCAUCAGUAGAGCCCUUCCGGAGAGCUGCAAUUACUUGAUAGAGGGAUCCAGCCAUCGUCCCGCAUGGCAGAACAAGUGCAGAUGAUGUUUUUUUUUUCUUCCCCUCCCUUGAGACGUAUAGUGGACUUUGAAGUUCAAGAUCAAGUAACCGAAGGGUAGAUGAUUGUUGUCUUAGACUUGCGGUAGGAAACAUUGCUUUCGGUGUAUGCUUGUUAAAAGGUCAGCAAUCAAGCAUG